AUGAUGAGUAUCGAGACACUCGAUUUUGCUGGCCAGGCGACUGAUCUUGUGUUAGAAGUUGGCCCCAAAGCAGUUCUUCUGAGAGUACAGGCAGAGCUUCUCGAGAAACACUCGCCGGUCUUCAAGAAAAUGUUUCUUCCAGACCAAACGGAUUCUAUCACAUUUGACGGAUCGGGUACACGACAUAUCUCGCUUCCGGAAGAUAACCCUGCUCUAUUUCGAGCCUUAUUCUACGCUAUCCACGGCCAGUUCGCCAAUGUAACUGCCCUUUUCACUGUUCUCAACUUCGCGACAAUUCUACAAACCAUCGCAUUGGCAAGCAAGUAUGGAAUGGUCCCAGUAUUCAACCCAUGGAUGGGCAGUCUGGUUCUACGAAUCCGAAGAAGCUUGCAGCUAUUAGAUAGCAGCGAGCUUCUGAGUUGCGCCCUGAUUCUCAGAUUUAUCGGGGACAUUGAAAGUCUAUUUCUCGCCAUCUACAUUCUUGCCCAUUUUGCCAGUCGGGAUGAAGAAGGCAGGAUGAUUCUUGAUUCCAUACAGCAGCCUUGGUCGGCAGAGCAGUAUCAGACGCCUGCGACAGGAUAUCUCCAAGGGAUUCCAAUUGAUGCAGGCUUAGACCUGAUAGGUAAGACAGAAUCAGAACCCAUUCUCACCCCUAACUAA